AUGGGUAUUGAUAUGAGGGACAUCUGGCCUUUCCUUAUCUCGGAAGCCUAUAUCAUCCUGUAUUUAAAUACGAACACCAACACCGUCUGGUUCGGUACGCAUUCGGUCCAUCCCCAGUCCACAAUCCACAUCCAGCUAACCAUCAACCCACCUACCAAUCAGUGUAGGCAAAGCCCUAGCAAGCACAAUCUACACAGCCGGCAUCGCAUCUUCACAACAGCCCGCAACGUGGACAUGCCCUCCUACCUCUCCGACAUACCGAACGUGCUCAAACUCAGUCUAGAUGUCACCUCGAAGGAAGCCAUCACCAGCUCCCUAGCGGCCGCGGUGGACAAAUUCGCCCGCAUCAAUGUCGUCAUCAAUAAUGCCGGAUAUGGCAUCAAGGGCAAUACCGAAGCCAUCCCGAAUCGGAUGCUCGACUGCAGAUAG